AUUUUCAUAAGGUUCUUAGAGCUUUAAACAUGCUUGCACCGACAUUGAUGGCCAAGCCUACAAAUACAGUCCCUGCGAAAAUAAGCAAAAGCACAAGAUUUUAUCCUUACUUCAAGGAUUGUGUUGGAGCUAUUGAUGGCACGCACAUAAAUGCAAUGGUACAAGGUCCUGAGAAGGCUAGCUACCGUAAUCGAAAAGGAGUCAUCUCGCAAAACGUAUUAGCUGCUUGUAACUUUGAUCUUGAGUUCAUAUAUGUUCUGAGUGGAUGGGAGGGUUCUGCUCACGACUCUAAAGUUCUACAAGAUGCUUUAACAAGAAGAACUAAUAGAUUGCAAGUUCCAGAUGGUAAUAGAUUGCAAGUUCCAAAAGAUGAAUUUUCAAGUGAUGAAGAAGAUGAAACAGAUGUUGACAAUGCAAAUCAAAAUUCUGAAGAAAAUGGUGGUGAAGAAAAUGUUGAAACCCAAGAGCAAGAAAGAGAGUAUGCAAGACAUUGGCGAGCAACCAUAGCUGCAGAUAUGUGGAGAGAUGCUACUAAUAUUGAUAUCACUAUGGGAGAUGCAGAACCAAAGAAAAAAAAGGGGAAUAACAAUCCGUGGUCGCCAGAGGAGACUAAGCUGUUGGUACAACUUCUUGUGGAAGGGAUCAAUAAUAAUUGGCGUGAUUCUAAUGGCACAAUGAGUAAAUUAACCGUGGAGACGAAGAUUUUACCAGAAAUCAACAAAGAGUUUCGUCGUUCAAAAAACUACAAUCACUACCAAAGCAGAAUGAAGUAUUUAAAAUUACAAUACCAAAGUUCUCUUGAUCUUCAACGUUUUAGUUCUGGUUUUGGUUGGGAUCCUUCGACAAAAAGAUUUACUGCUUCUGAUGAAGUUUGGGACGAUUAUCUAAAAGCACAUCCGAACAACAAACAACUUCGUUAUGACACAUUUGAAUUUUUUGAAGAGUUGCAAAUCAUAUUUGGGGAAGGUGUUGCUACUGGAAAAAAUGCAAUUGGAUUGUGUGAUAGUACGGAUGCACGUACGUACAAAGCUGGGGAGAAUUCAAGAGAAGAAUAUGUGAGUGAUUUUGACAACGGGUAUGAGUAUGAUACAACAACUCAUCAUGAGUCAUCAGAGCAUUACGCACCAUUCAUGUCUCAUGGAACUUCAGAAAGUCCAACGGAGAAGCUUCCCCCACGUAAAAGAACAAGAUCUGAGAGAAUCGCCAAACAUUCAAUUCACAAAAACCAAACAGAGAACAAACACAAACAAAAUUCGAUUCUAAGAGGAAACUCCCAAAUUUUAAUGGAUCCGUCGGAUUAUUUUGCCGGCGGAAAUCCUUCCGAUCAACAGAACCAGAAGCGGCAGCUUCAGAUCUGUGGUCCUCGUCCUUCACCUCUUAGUGUCCACAAAGACUCUCACAAAAUCAAGAAACCUCCAAAACACCCUGCGCCGCCGCCGAAUCGUGACCAACCACCGCCGUAUAUUCCUAGAGAGCCGGUGGUUAUCUACGCCGUAUCCCCCAAGGUUGUACACGCCACCGCGUCGGAGUUCAUGAACGUCGUCCAGCGACUCACAGGGAUCUCCUCUGGAGUUUUCCUCGAAUCUGGCGGCGGUGGAGAUGUUUCACCGGCGGCGAGGCUAGCGUCGACGGAGAAUGCUAGUCCAAGAGGAGGAAGAGAACCGGCUGCGAGAGAUGAGACGGUGGAAAUCACUAUGGAAGAAGCAGCUGAGUUUGGUGGUUAUGCUCCGGGAAUUCUCUCGCCAUCUCCGGCGAUGUUGGCAACAGCUUCUGCCGGGAUAUUCUCUCCGAUGUAUCAUCAAGGUGGGAUGUUUUCGCCGGCUAUACCACCGGGAUUAUUCUCGCCGGCGGGAUUAAUGUAUAGUCCUGGUUUUGCUAGUUUGAUCGCUUCUCCAACAUUUGCUGAUGUCUUUAGAAAUAUUUGGGAUCCUUAGAGAAAAAGUUUAGAUUUUUCAUUUGCUCUGUAAUUUUUUUGUAUUAUUAUGUAUUUUGACAUAUCCAAAUAUCCAAUGUAGCCCAAAGGGUUUAAAAUGAGCUUCAUGUAUAAAAAUUUAACUUUCAA